GACCCCGUAGCUCUCAGAGACCUGCUGAACUACCACAUCCUGAAGCACAUGCAGUGUGCCGAGUCCAUCGUGUCGGGGACGCCAAUGGAGACGCUGCAGGGCACCGUGCUGGAGGUUGGCUGUGACGGAGAAGACCUGACCCUGAACGGCAAGGCCAUUGUCACCAAGAGGGACCAGCUGGGGACCAACGGGGUGGUCCACUACAUCAAUGAGCUCCUGAUCCCAGACUCAGCCAAAGUGCUGCUGGAGCUGGCUGAAGACUCCUCCGUUGCCACGGCGACCAAGCUGUUUGUGGAGGCGGGUCUGUCGCCGCACCUGACGGGCUCCGAGGCUCUGACCAUGCUGGCGCCUCUGGAAGACGCCUUCAGAGGAAGGGACACGACGAUGACCCCUGACCUGAAGAAGCUGAUGACCAAUCACCUCCUGAAGGAGCGUCUGUCCUCUAAGUCUCUGUACCACGGGCAGCAGCUGGAGACGCUGGGGGGGCUGCAGCUGCGGGUCUUCGUCUACAGAAACAACCUCUGCAUUGAGAACGCCUGCAUCGCGGCUCAUGAUAAGACAGGACGCUACGCCACCAUGUUCAUUGUGGACAAGGUCCUCACCCCCCCGAUGGGGACGGUCAUGGACGUCCUGAAGGCAGACGACCGCUUCAGUCUCCUGGUGGGGGCGGUCCAGACUGCAGGGCUGACUGAGCUCCUGAACCAGCAGGGGGCGCUGACCUUCUUCGCUCCGACCAACGACGCCUUCAACUCCCUGGAGCCAGCCGAGCGCAGCAAGCUCAUGCGUAAGCACCACUUAUAA